GAGCGAUGCGGAGACAAUAGGACGCAGAGCCAGAGGAGGCUGCAGGAUGCUCGGCGCCACUUCUACCGACUCACGGCAGCUCGGAGGCUUCCCGCGGGACGGCGGCAGCAGGCGGCUCACCUGGCCUUAGUAUGCGCUCACAUCCACCUGUGUGUUCAGCAGCAGCAGCCCGGGCUCACAGGGCGGACUUCAGCAGCCCCCAUAUGGGAACCAACUGACGGUGACACCAGCCAUUAGCUGCUGCUGCUCCUGUCCUACCUGAGUGUCCGGUCCUCAGUCUUUCCACCCCCCAGUCCGUCCCCUGCGAGCGUUCCCCACAAUGAGUUCCUCUCCACUGGUUUCUCGAGCCAACAUGGACAUCCUGGACGAGCUGCAGCUGAUUGCUGCCCAGAACCUGGAGAGGCUGGAGGUCAACAAGUACUACGAGGUGAUCAGAGAGCUGGGCAAAGGCACCUACGGCAAGGUGGACCUGGUCAUCCACAAGAUCAGAGGUACAAAAAUGGCACUGAAGUUCCUAAAGAAGAAGACGACCAAGCUGAAGUCUUUUCUACGGGAGUACAGCAUCUCCCUCUACUUGUCUCCCUGCCCCUUCAUCAUCAACAUGUUCGGCAUCGCCUUCGAGACAGAUGAGUACUACGUGUUCGCACAGGAGUACGCUCUGGCAGGAGACCUCUUCGAUAUCAUUCCUCCACAGGUUGGUCUUCCUGAGGCGGUGGCAAAGCGCUGUGUGCACCAGGUGGCCAUCGCUCUGGACUACCUGCACUGUAAGAAGCUGGUCCACAGGGACAUCAAGCCUGAAAACAUCCUCAUUUUUGACCGAGAGUGCCGCAAGGUGAAGCUGUCUGACUUCGGCAUGACCCGUCGUGCUGGCUCGCCCGUGAAAAGAGUCAGUGGCACCAUCCCCUACACGGCCCCAGAGCUCUGCGACGUUUCUCGCCACGAGGGUUUCUGCGUGGACUACAGCACCGACGUGUGGGCCUUCGGCGUGCUGCUCUUCUGCAUGCUCACCGGCAACUUCCCGUGGGAGAAGGCGCUGCCCUCCGACUCCUUCUACCAGGAGUUCAUCCGCUGGCAGAGGAGGAGGACGAACACGGUGCCGUCGCAGUGGAGGCGCUUCACCGAGCAGGCCCUCCGCAUGUUCCGCCGGCUGCUCUCCAUGGAGCAGGACCGCCGCUGCUCCGUCAAAGAGGUGUUCGGCUACUUCAGUCACUCCUGGAUGCUGGACGCAGAGAACGACAACAACAACAGCAACACGGGAGGCGGAGGUGGCGGGGAGAGAGUCAGCGGUGGAGGGGGAGGUGGAGGAGGCGGAGGAGGAGGUGGAGGAGGAGGGGGUGUGCGAGGAGAGGUGGACGGCACCAUCUCGUCAUCUUCGUCCGGGGAGGAGGACGAGGAGCUCCUUGUGGAGAGGAUGAAGCAGCAGACUCUGUCGCCUCGCUCCCCGCUGUCGCCCCUCUCCCCCAUGUCUCCCAUGGUGGUGGAGAGGGGGAGCGGCAGCGGGGCCAAAGGAGGGAUGAUGGAACCGGGCGGGGGCCACCAUUUUGUGUCCGUCUCCACCAACAGCUCCGUGUCGUCUACCAACAGUUACGAUCGAAUGCCACGAGAGAACAGUUCACCGGGUGGCCGUAUGCUGGUAGCCACGCCCAUAGAAAUCUGCGUCUGAGCGCGUCAGAACAUUGUGACGGACUCGCCGGUACACACUUUUAUACCUCUCAUCCAACCACAUAGAUGUGCAUGCAUGGAAAAAGAAACAAACAGACAACAAGUAUGAGCACGUAUCCUGUUUUCAACAUCCUGGCAAAGGAAGAGCACACACAUGCAAGACUUAAGAGAGCGUCUUUGCAGAAUGCAAACAGUCCUCACGAGGGAGGGUUUUUGGUCAUACGUCCUCUCAGACUCCAGAAGCAGCCUUGUGCACACUUUGAAUGUAACGUUCAAGUGCUGUGUAGGGAAAUCCAGAGCAAAAAUGAUUCAAAAAAUUGCUUCCAUUAGAGAUUCUGUCACUAAAACCAUCUGAGAAGAAGACCAAAAUGUAUUUCUUAAAGCAAUACUUCCAGCUACAAAAAAAAUAACAACAAAUAGUGACGGAACAGUGUGAUCUCUUCAAGACGUAUCGUUUUUGAUGAAGCCAAGAGACGGGGGAUUUGUAUUUUUGAAGAAGACUGAAACAGAACUCAAGGAAAUACCUUGUGAGAUAAAAAAAAAAAACGGAGCGAGCGGUGGUUUUAAAUGUUUCACGUGUAACAAAAAUGUGAAAGUGCGAGUGUGUUUGUGUGUAUCGCCGUGCGUUCUGUAUGUAUGAAUCUAAAAGAAGUGGAUUUAUUUUGCUUUGAGAGUUUUAUUAUUAUUUAUUUGAAUCUAAAAAGACUACACACUCUAUUUUUUCUAUUGUUUUUUGUAAGGUAGCUUUCUUUGUUUUCCAUUCGACUCGACAUUGUAGUUUGGUGUUCAGACGUAGCUGUGCCAAAUCCACUUCUCCGUGCAACACACUCGGCUGGCUGCUGUACAUAUCGGUAUGAAUACUGUACAUUAUGUAAGAUGAUCAAUAGAUUCCAGAUGGAAUAUUCUAACACUGUAGGCACGACUGCAGGAGUCAGACUGGAGUGAGAGAAGGCUUAUGAUGUCUCAGUUCUUCAUGACAAACAUAUCUACUUCACUGUUGAAAGACUUUUUUCUACUCACUCUUGAAAUUCUGUUUGUAUAGCUUUUCUUUGACGCUUUUUUCCGAAAAAUUCUGUCUGCCUUGCGUACCUUUUCAUCGAAACUUUAACUGAAAAAAAAAUUUCUUUUAGUGAAAAUUAUUGUCUGAAAAGAAAAAAACUGAUCAGUUUCAAUUCAAUCUGAAACAACAACAACAACAACAAAAAAUCACAGAAGAGUCACCUUUUAUAAACUGCAUGACAAGUAGCUCAAACAUCACAAGAAAUUUAAACCGGCUUUACAAAAAAAGAAACAAAAAAAGGAUAAAAAAUCUAAAAUGUCGUGACGUGGAUUUUUUUUUUUUGCAGUAGCACAAUUUCUUGCAUUAUGUCCGGGAGUGAAUCUAACUGUUAUGAUCUCUUGAGACAUACUAGGGCUAAAAAAAAAAAAAGAAAAAAAAAGGAAAAAAAGAUCUGAACAAUAAUUAGUUUCUAUUCAGUGUGAUGUAUUUGUAUUGCUAUUAAUGUUGUGUGCUCAUCUCACCACCUUCAAAAACUGUUCAAAAAAAAGAGAAAAAAAACUAAGCAUGAGGACAUUGAGCGAGAGGCUUGAAUUUAUCACAGGUAGGGAAUUAAAUGAUGCAUCUUUAGUUCAAAUUUGUGCUUCGAAACAGCCACCUUUAAUGAAAUAAUGUGGCCUGAAUUGUUUUUUUGUUUUGUUUAUUUUUUACUAAGUUACAAUGGCAAAAAAAGUAAUCCAUUCCUUUUUGACUCCUCCUGAAUAUCAGUCUAAAUAAUUUGAAAAAAAAAAAAGGAGCCUUGGAUCAUGCAUAGGAAUGGGCAUUUUGUGUGUUGCUUUCCAGACAUAAACUUGCAUGAACUUGUAUGUGCUAAAAGCUCUGUUGUGAAAACCUGCAGUGUUUCUCCUGUCACAAGCUGUAGUACUCUGUAGAUGUAGUAUAGCUGCAAACGACAUGUUUCUUUAUCCCGUGAGAGUCCUCAGCUCGGAUCUGGCCUGACUGAGGGUCGGCUAAGCUCACUUUGUGUUUGGAUCAUGUUCUUCAAGGCUGCUCCCCGGAUCAGCAGGGGAGUAUGCAAAUUACUACAUCUUGUGACAAUCUCUGACCUCAUCAGCAGCCUUCUGACUCAGAACAAUGGACGGUCCUGACACAGACACUGUUUUCUGCAGCCGGUGGCUCGCUAUCGGCCAGCUGCAGGCAGCGUUCACUGUGUCAGUCCUCACAGUCACGUGACCGUAUGAAGCCUGUACAUGACCUCAUCACGUCAUCCUCUCUCUGCAGCACAUUCAUCCCAAAACCACCUUCUACUUCCCCUGUAGCCACAUAAAUCUAUCACUAAUUCAAUUCAAUUCAGAUAUCUUUAUUUAUCCCCUAGGGGCAGUUCAAAAACAAUGCUAAGAAGCGAUUUAGUUUCAUAUCUGAAGAACUCUUAAGGAGUUUUCAGAAGUAGCAGCAGCAGGAGGCGGCCAUUUUAGAAAAAUUAUAUCAAACAAUUAAGAACGUACAUGUGGUUUGUACAACCUAAAUGGAACUCAACCCACAUAAUAAACUGUAAAAGGAUGAAAAUAAUGUUCAGUUCAUUCAAGGUAACACUGUUCCUCUUGAAACCGACGUCAGAAUUGUUGAUGCUAACAAAGAAGCUAACAGCCUGUACUUGUACAGAAUAGUUUUCCCAGUUUUCUGUGGUGCUGAAUCCAAAAUACUUUUACUUGGAAUUACGUAACAGAUGGUUUGGUGUCGUUCAGAAGACCUUGCUAGUUUCUUUUUGUAUUUGAAAAGAAAACCACAUUAGCUUCUUGUUACAAAACAGAGUAAAGAGUACAAGGCAUGAGCUGUUGUUCUUGUACACACUGAAUUUUUAAUUUAUUUAGGCAAUUAAAGACCUAACUUUUAAUUUUAUUCCUGUUCGUUUUACUUUUAUAAUUUGUUUUUCAAGUGUAGAACAAAAACAACAACAACAAAAAAAACUUGUCCAAAGUUUAGCUUGCUAAGAUAGCUAGCUAACCUUUUGACAAAUUUUUUGGUGCUUUUGACAAGGCGUAUUUGCUCUUCCCUGAUUUUCCUGAAUUUGACCUUUAUUAUAUUAUCUUACAAAACGGUCCAGGCUCAUUUCAGACAAUAUAGCCACAAUUUGUUCAAACACAAGCUCUAAUCUGCUAAGUUUGCCGGAAAUAAUGGCUGCUAUGAGUUACAAAAAUGGUAAUUUAAUAGUCAAAACUAGCUGGGUGAGAGAAUAACCUACAACAGAAACUAUUAAGCAACUUUAUGUCAUGAGGCAACAGUGCAACUACUGUGCCAAGAAAAUCACCUGCAAUAAUAUAAAAACUACCUAAAAUAUAAAUAUGCAAAUCUGCAGCAAACUUGCAACAGUUUUUUUUUUUACAAAGUUAGCCAGAAGCCCACUGCCAAUUGGCCACACAACUAAUCUGCACGCGGCAACAUUGUGAAAGAUUAACCACAACUGUCUCCCUGAAAUCUGGAAAACUAUAAACAGUAGCAUUAUUGUCAAAAAUGCUAUCUGUUCCAAACAUAAACUGACAUGUCUGCUGCUAAUCGCCAAGCAAGUUUAGCACCACUAGCAAACUGUGGUAGCAAACCACAGAUGAACAUGUCUGCCACCACAAAGGUCAUGAAAAAGCAAGAUGAUUUUUUAGUUUAUUAUGAACACAGUCUCAUCCUGACAUCGUUUUUAUUGGAAUGACACAAUUUCAAGAUGUGAAAUUACACGUCUAGGUGGGCCUUUUGGAUUCCCAGGGUAUGAGAAUGAACCACAGCAGAUCUGCUGAAGCUAAUGACGCCUGAGCUGGUAGGAAGGACGGGUGACACCCAACUAGAACUUUGCCACGACUCCCCUUCCCUCUUGGCUUUCCUCUCCAGUGUCUGAGUCAGUCACUGCUGCCUUCUCACCUCACCCAUGACGUGACGUGUUGUAAUGGAGUUCCAGUGUCUUUCUGUCCGGUGACAUAUUUCAAAGCAUCAUGAUUUUAGUGGAGUUUUAGUGAGUAGAUGACCACAGCACUAGAACUCGUAUCCGGUUUUGUCUUUGCAAUACAACUGUCUUCCUGUAGGCUGAGAUUUAGUCAAUAAAAUGAGAAUUCUUGUUGGAGC